GGAGCCACCAGCGUGAGCAGCAGCCGCUGGGGCUCUCACCGCUCCAGCGACGCUCGUUGACAACGCCGCCAGCCAACAAGCGGACGUCUAGUCGAGGUACUCAGUCCACCAAGGGAGAGUGGUCAGCGGACAGAGGUGCGGGAUUGGUGUAGAGACUUUUAGCGGGAUCGAGAGAGGCAGAGAGAGAUGGGUGAUCGCCAAGGGGCAGUUGCAAAAUCUGGGCGUCUCGGUGGCUUUGGGGGAGGAAAAGCGUCGGCAGCCAUGGGCAAAGCCACAGGCACGGCACAGGCGGGCAGACCGAAUGCAACGCGUCCGCGGGCAGGUGUGCAUAAUCAGCCGCGGAGGGGCUGGAUGCUGUUCGACUGUGCGAUGCUAUGUCUGCCAUCAAGCUGGGCAAGUCGGUGGAUCCGACGGCGGUAUUGGUCGUACAUGUCCGACUCCGAGCUUGAAUUCGAGGAGUUCGGAGAACAGCCGGUCUGGUUCACAGGGACCGCAAGGCGGGAAAUUGAGGUGGGCCCGCGCACGGAUUACCGGCCCCCAUCCGCCGGUGGAAAGCUGAUUUGUUCUUUCUAUAAGCUGUUGCUCGAUGUGAGUAACGUUGCUGAUUGGGCAGCAGUGAUGAUCUUCGCUGCCAUGUUGGCGGCCUAUGGUGUUGCGGCUGCUGGCUCGACAGCGCUAUUCUGGUUGUCAGUUGUUGCGUUGUUGCAGGGGUUGUUGUCCAUCUUGAUGACAGCGGCAAAACGGUCAAAGACGGGAGCAGACCGAGGGGCAGAGGUGCCCUGCAGCUACUGGCUGUCCAAUCCCCCACGCGAAGGAAUUGCUGCGCAGAUGAACAGCCGAUUUCCGAUGCUGCUAGUAGAUGACGCACAAGAGUUGUUCAACCAUGUCGGGAAGGGGGUGGUUGGUGCCAUUCUUCUUACCGUAGGCCAAGACGAGAUAAAGAAGCUGUCUCUUAGCGAUGUGGAGAAAAGUUUUGGUAGGAAGGAUCUUCUGUCCAAGCUUCUGUAUGUGGGUGCUGUCUGCUUGAGCCUCCAGCUCGCCACGGCAUUCAUGGAUGUGGUUAUGCAUUUCGUGAAGGAACGCAAUCCGGGCCUGAAGGCGUGGAUGUCGCAUUUCGUCCGUCACUCGAAGAUGCCUGGGGCGAUGACGCACGACAGCGAGUUGUGCGGCCUCCCCGCGCAUUGGUUCAUCGGGUUGAACGAUCUGAAGCUGGCGUUGGGAUGGGCCAUACAGCGACGGCACCAGUUCCGCUUGAGGCGCACCCGGUUCGGAGUCUUCUCGUACAGAUCUCUCAGCGUGCAAGCGGAUCUCGGCGCGGAGAUGGAGGUUUCCGAUGAGGUUGUAGACCGGUACACAGCCAUGACCCUCAGGGCUCUUCAGGGAGCAAGCACAUACGAGGCGGGCCGCAAAGAGAUCCUGGAGAACAACGGGUUCGAGCUGAUCUUGUACGCCCUCAGGCCAGACAGCGAUGCAGAAGUCCGUGUGCAGGCAGCGCGCGUCAUUGACUCGUUCUUCCUGAACCUUGCGCGCCAAGCUUUUGCGGAGGGCAAGGUCAGUGCCUGGGCGACAGGGGCAUUCCCGGUGCUGGGCGGCAAAGCUGGUUCCCGGCCACUGCUCCAGUGGCAUGCUCCGGGGGCGUUGGGCAAUCAGACGGCGCAGCUGAUGAAGGUCGGUCCCAACUUCCUGGACGAUGAGAUGGAGAAUCUGUCGGCCUACUAUCUCCGCGCAGGUGCCAUUUUCUUGGUUGACAUGGUCCAAUCCAAGCAGAUGACCGUUGAGCAGAAGGAGAUCGCCGCGAAGGCCUUGCUGGCACUGGUUAUUGCAGCGGGUACCAGUGUGUCAAGUGCGUAUGGGACAAGAGCGAAGCAUCGGGAGCUUAGCACUCUCCCUCGUUGGAUGAGGACAACGCCGACCGAGUUGUUCGAACUCCCGUGGGAAGUAAUUGGAGGUGCGAGGAGCCGACGACCGUCCAUGGGCGCAGCAAAUGCUGCUCCGCAACGAAGGCCAUCUCUCCCCGGGCCCCCGCAGAGGAGCCCGUUUACGGCAGCUGGGGAAAAGGUCCCGCUGAUUGAGCCUCCAGCGUCACCGAAACCUGCAGCGUCGGGUGGCGGAAGCGGAGGGGAGGCUCCCAGCGCUGGUGGCGGACCUGGUGGUGCAAAGGGCGGUGCGGUAAGUAACAAGCCAGCACCAGCAAGUGCAGCGCAGGCCGGAGGGUCUGGCUCAGCUGCUGAACGAGGAGGGGCAGCAGCUGGAGGUGCUGGUGGACGUGCCCCGGCAAAAAGUGGGGCAGGGGCGAGCCCCGCAGGUCCUAGAGGUGGCGCUGCAUUGGCUGCCUCGCGCAGCAUGCCUCCUCCGGGAGGGUCACAGCCUGAUGCUCCAAGGCAACGGAGUUUGCCAGGGUCCCCUACCCGAGGCCCCGCUGUGGCGCCUGGAGACCCUGCGGCAGCGCGGCGGCGAAGCAGCAGUGGUGGUGACAUUGAGAGCGGCAAACCUCUGCAACAACCAGCACCUAUUGUCCGCCGUCCCUCGAUCGCUGAACGUCUUGAAGAGUUUGUAGGGUCUGUGCUUGACAUCCGGCAACAGCCAGCAGCGGCCGCGGGUCCGACUCGCAUUGACCAUCAUGCUGUGCAGAGCCGUCGUGCAUACAAGGAGACGUGGCCUUGGCUGGCCGUUGUAUCGGGAGUGACGGAGGAGGUGUUCGCUGCCUGUGGCGAACCGAAGGAGGAGAAUCAGGGACAUGAUUAUAAGCGUGAGAUUAUGCGCGAGGGAUUCCGGGUGUCCAGCAUCAAGGCCCUGAUGAAUGCCUCAGAGCUGCACAGCAACUCAGUGGAGUGUCGCGAGCUUGCUCUCAAUAUCCUGAACGAGCUCUGCGCAGACGAGAUAUGUCGUGAUAUAUUCUUGAACAAGCUCAAGGGAAUGAACAUGAUGAUCCGCAUGGUUGACCCUCUUCCGGAUACCAUCUUCAAGGUCAUACGUGUGGUGGACAACUACAACUACGAGCGGGAGAUCAACGCACUGAAGCUGCGCUCCACACCCGUCAAAGUUCGUAUGGCCACUGUUUUCCUCUGCCUCAAUGCUGACGAUGAGUGUAAGAUCAUCUCGAGACAUAAGUUGGACACAAUGGAGCGGUUCGCAUUCAUCAUGAUUGCCCUCUCGGCGGACUUUCUGCCCUCCAUCCCCUCCGCAGGAAUGUCAUUCCGUGUCAUAGAUGCUCUUCAUGACGGCACGAUGCUGUCUCGUCGCCUCCCUCGAUCGCUGAUGAACAGGUUCCACGAUUGGCAGUCCAAUCCGCUCUAUGACCUCUUGCAGCAGCUGCACGCUGUGACUGCGCACAUGAACUUCGCUCGCAUAUUACACAACCUUGUGCAGAACUUCUCUGCCGACUUCAGCAGCGGAUUCCGCCUGAGUGACGCAGAGAAGCAAAAGAGGCAGCUGAGGUAUCGGGAAGAACUGGACAUGUACGACAGGAUGUGGGUGAGGCUGGGCCUUGCAAGGCGGAAGAUAGUCCGGCUGAUCCUCUGGCUCAGCUGCAACUUCCCUCACUUUUUCUCAAAGGAGGCUAACUUGGAUUUGAUCUUCCGUUUCUCUGAGCAUGAGGCAACUGACACGGAAGCCCCACAUACAUCAUCAGGACGAGGCUCUGCUGUGAGUCAGCCCGGCAUGUCGCUGGUGCAACGGUACCUGAAUGACAGCAUGAAUCUGUGGAAGGAAGACCUGCGUGAGGGAAGGUACCACAGAGAUGACGAGUGGAUGCGUCAUGAGAUGUCCGCAGAGCUCUGGACGGCCUGGAGAAAACUCUACGCCUUGCAGUCCCACACACCUACGACGUUUGAGGAGUACUUGAAUGAGCCAAUGUUGUUUGGCCCCGCAAUGUUCCUGGCAUCCACAGAGCAGACUGAUCGAACGCGCAGCAGUUGCGUCAUGGACUGUCUUUAUGUCCUCAUCGACUCCCUGGUGCUAACCCUCCUUCAUAUGGAGUGUGCUGACUCGCUGGCCACAAUUCCGCAGUCGAAGGAGGUGGUGGCAACUCGCGUCACGGCCACUGGUGAGGCAGCUGUGGACGCAAAGGAUGGAUGGAGCGGAGGGUGGCAGUUUAUGAUGGAUGUGGCUGAUGAUGGCAAGCUGGCGGCUGAAAUCCUCCUUAACGAGGACAAGGAUGACUUCAUGCGCGGAGCAUACUGCCGGAAGGAAAUCCAGAGGAGGACUGCCACGGCCCUCGUCAGGAUCUGCCAGCUGCAUGAGCACUUGCGCAUUUGCGUGGGCAACAGCUACAACCUGCGCUCCAACGUGGGAGCCCUGCGAAGCCUGAAUCUCUCAGUCUCUCAAUCUGAAACUGAGGAUCUUGCGCAGAUCAUUAACAUCAAACCAUCUAAUGUGGCUGGCUGUUCGGUAUAUGCAGAAGUAAAUGCUAUUCUGUUCUACUAAACAGCAAUUUGAAUCAAAUGCCAAAGAAUAG